AUGGCUGUUUCUCACUGGCUUCUCACUUCCGUGCUCUUUCUGCUGCCCUUCAUAAAACAGGUUUCAGCACAGCAACAAGGAUGUUCUGUCAAUAAUAGCAGACCAAGUGUUUAUGAAAAUAACUCUCCUGGCUACGUGGUGACCACAAUCCAUGUGGAAUCAGGCUUCACUGUAACGAUUGAUCCUACUUCCCCCGAUUUCAGUUUUUUCGUUAUACAAGGGUCUGAGCUGCAGCUGAGCCAAAGCGUGGACUAUGAGGAAAACACCUUGCUGAUCGUGUACCUGAUUUGUCAAGACGCUGCUGGGCAGAGUGAUUCUUUGGAAAUUCUUGUGAUCAUUCUCGAUGUGAAUGAUAACAGCCCAGUGUUUAAGCAAACAAAUCUCACCGAAUUUGUUCCUGAGGAUACAAAAGUGAAUGCAACCAUUGUAGCCCGUGAAGAUUUAAGCGCUACUGAUGCUGACCUGGACACCAUCUUUUAUGAACUCACAACCAUAGUGUCAGGCACAGAUGGUUAUUUUGCCAUAAAAGGAGUUAAUAACCCAGAAAUUUAUUUACAAAAAGCAUUGGACUAUGAGAGAUUUAAAUUGACAACAUUGAUCUUGUAUGCAAGGGACAGGCCUGUGGGCAGCACUGAAACCACCAACACAGCUACCGCAACAAUAAACAUAUUUAUUGAACAAGCUGACACCAAACCACCCUGGUUCCUACCCUGUACCUUCAUUAACACGGACAACAGCAUUUGCAUCAGCAGCCCCUAUACUGGGAAGGUGAAUAUCUCCGAGAUGUCGACGGAGCCACUCAUCCUAGAGCCAGGGCCUAUCUAUGCUAUUGAUCCUGAUUACACUUUAAAUGAAAAAAUCGUGUACAGUAUUGUUGGUG